CAUUUAUUUAUGAGCUCAAACUUGGAUACACACAUCCAAUAAUUUGUGGAUCAAUCAUUCUAUAAGUGAAGCAAUAUAUAGAAACAAUGUGUUAAGCGGUCUUGAUCUUGAUCGGCACCGCAAAAAGCUGCGAUUUUGGAUGUGCUUGCUGUGCUUGAGCAAAGCAAUAUGGCUGGAAUAAUCAGCAGCGCACUUACAAAGAGAUAUCUCUCGUCUACGGCCGCGCGUUCAACGUCAAAAGCAUUUGCUAAACCCUACAAGGAUAUACCAGGUCCGCGUGGACCCUUCGGACUCGGUAUAUUGUAUCAGUACUUGCCGCUGAUUGGACGUUACUCAUGGUUGGAGCUGCAUAAGGCGGGACGCGAUAAGUACGAGCAAUAUGGACCGAUCGUGCGUGAGACCAUGAUACCGGGCGAGGAUAUAGUGUGGUUAUAUGAUCCGAACGAUAUUGCGACGCUGCUAAAUGAGCGGGAUUAUCCACAGCGACGCAGUCAUCUAGCGCUGGAGAAGUAUCGCAAAGAUCGGCCGCACAUUUAUCGCUCAGCCGGCUUGCUGCCCACCAACGGCGCGGAAUGGUGGCACCUACGCUCUGAGCUGCAAAAAGAGAUCAGCGCACCGAAGAGCGUACGCAGCUUCCUUGCUGACUUGGAUUUGGUCACACAAGAGUUCCUCGAAUAUUUGCCAAUGGAUUGCAGCUUCGACAUAUUACCGAAGUUGGCGCGCUUGAAUUUGGAACUCACCUGCCUAAUGACUUUCGAUGAGCGUCUAAAUGGCUUCUCACCCGACGAACAGCUACCUAACUCACGCUCUACCAAACUCAUGCGCGCUGCGGAAACAACAAACAGCAUCAUAUUGCCCACCGAUCAAGGUUUGCAGUUAUGGCGCCACUUCGAGACACCCAAAUAUCGUAGGUUACGCAAGGCGCAAGAAUAUAUGGAGAGUGUCGCCAUCGAUUUAGUGUCUCAAAAGUUGGCGUACUUCAAGGAGAGUAAACCGAACGGCAAUGGCGACAAUUAUGAUGGCACUAUGUCACGCAGCUCAUUGAUUGAAGAGUAUCUCAAAAAUCCCAACCUCGACCUCUGUGAUGUAGUUGGCAUGGCAGCGGAUUUACUGCUAGCAGGCAUCGAUACCACUUCGUAUACGACAGCAUUUGCGGUAUAUCACAUUGCUAGGAAUGCAGAAGUGCAAGCGAAAUUGAAGGCGGAAGCCUGUCGUGUGUUGGCCACACCGAAUACACCGCUGUCAGCCGAUGCUUUGCGCGCCGAGGUGCCAUAUACACGCGCCGUGCUGAAGGAGGUCUUGCGCUUGAAUCCGAUUUCAGUCGGCGUCGGACGCAUACUCAAUAGAGAUUUGGUGCUAAGCGGUUAUCAUGUGCCGAAAGGGACCGUGGUGGUAACACAAAAUAUGAUCUCCUGUCGUUUGGAGAAAUACUUCCCGGAUGCACAGGACUUCAAGCCCGAGCGUUGGCUGCACCGCAAUCAAGCCGUUCAUCCCUACCUAGUGCUGCCCUUUGGUCACGGCAUGCGCGCUUGCAUAGCCCGUCGCAUGGCUGAGCAAAUAUUACUCGUUUUCAUGUUACGCUUGUUGCGAAACUUUGAAGUAACUUGGAUGGGGGGUGAAGAAAAGAUGGGUGUACGGACGCUACUAAUCAACAAGCCCAGUCGGCCGGUAAGCAUACAGCUAAAGCGACGCGAUGAGUCAAGCCACGAAAAUUGAUUACAGAUUCAGUAAAGUGAUUUACCGAUUGUCGCCAACUACAACACUUGUGUUUGUGUAUCUCGGAUGAACUACAUACCUCUUAAUAUUGUAAAAUUAUGUAACCAUACUUAUUGUAAUUUUUGUGAAGAUUGUACUUGUAGUUAAUUGUAUUUUGUA